GUCCAAACCCCCAGAAAAGCCCUGCUGAAUCCUCACACCGUCUGUCAGCAUGGGGAGCGCUUGUUUUUCCCGGGACGUUUGUUUGUUUAUCCUCCUCAUAAAUACUUGCAGGGUGAUGGGGAAUGUCGGACUCGCAGAUGCAGACGAGUGUGCAGAGGGUUCAGACGACUGCCACAUUGACGCCCUCUGCCAGAACACGGCCAAGUCCUUCAACUGCAUCUGCAAACCAGGCUACAAGGGAGACGGCAAGCAGUGCGAGGACAUGGACGAGUGCGAGAACGACUACAACGGGGGCUGCGUCCACGAAUGCAUCAACAUACCGGGCAACUACAGAUGCACCUGCUACGAUGGAUUCAUGCUGGCCCACGACGGACACAACUGUCUGGAUGAGGACGAGUGUCUGGACAACAACGGCGGGUGCCAGCAAGUGUGUGUCAACACCAUGGGGAGCUACGAGUGCCAGUGCACACACGGAUUCUUCCUCAGUGACAACCAGCAUACCUGCAUCCACCGCUCUGACGAGGGGAUGAACUGCAUGAACAAGGACCACGGCUGCGCUCACAUCUGCAGAGAAGCCCCGGGCAAAGGCGGGGUGUCGUGCGAGUGCCGACCCGGGUUCGAACUGGCCAAGAACCAGAAAGACUGUACACUGACUUGUAACUAUGGAAACGGCGGCUGCCAGCACACAUGCGACGACACGGACACGGGGCCGGUGUGUGGCUGCCACCAGAAGUACGCCCUGCACUCAGACAGCAAGACCUGCAUCGAGAAAGAUGAGGCUGCAAUUGAGAGCUCUGAGUUCAAUGCCACGUCAGUAGCUGAUGUGGACAAGCGGGUGAAACGGCGGCUACUUAUGGAAACCUGCGCCGUGAACAACGGCGGCUGUGACCGGACAUGUAAAGACACGGCCACAGGGGUGCGCUGCAGCUGCCCCGUUGGAUUCACCCUGCAGCCUGACGGCAAAACCUGCAAAGACAUUGAUGAAUGCCAGGAGAACAACGGCGGCUGCGAUCACUUCUGCAGGAACACCGUGGGCUCCUUUGAAUGCAGCUGCCAGAAAGGCCACAAACUGCUCACCGAUGAACGGACGUGCCAAGACAUCGACGAGUGCUCCUUCGAGAGAACCUGCGACCACACCUGCAUCAACUACCCAGGCAGCUUUGAGUGCCUGUGCAACAAGGGUUACAUCCUGUACGGCCUCACUCACUGUGGAGACAUCGAUGAGUGCAGCAUCAACAACGGCAGCUGUGAGUACAACUGCAUUAACACCCAGGGAGGCUACGAGUGUGUGUGUCCGCCUGGACAGAAACUCCACUGGAACAAGAAAGAUUGCAUCGAGGCGGUGAAGUGUCUGCCCAAUGGGAAGCCAGCACCUCGAGCACAGCUGACCUGCACCAAGAGCGGAGGGGCAGAGGUCUGCUCGCUGUCCUGCCCCUCCAACGCACUCUUCCUCGCAGACUCUGAGAACAGCUACACACUGAGCUGUGGAGUGCCAGUCCAGUCUGGUAAAGCUCCUCAGAAGAGAAAUGCCACCACUGCUCUACCCACCUGUGCAGACACUCUGGCCCCACCCAUCAAACAGAAGGCCAGGUUCAAGAUCAAAGAUGCCAAGUGUCACCUGAGACCUCGCAACAAGGAGAAACACAGAGAUUCAUCCAGGCAGAGCCUGCAAGGUGGCCAGUUCCCCUGUACCGACGACUGCCAAGUGACUUUUGUCAAUCUCAAAUGUGACUCGUCCAAGAAACGCAGACGAGGACGCAAAUCUCCUUCCAAAGAAGUUUCCCACAUCACGGCUGAGUUUGAGAUGGAGAUGAAGGAGGAGGAAGCCUCAGACUCCUGUAAUCUGGACUGUGUGCGGGAGAAGAUGAAGCAGAAGCUGCAGAGCGCCAUGAGGACGCUCAGGAGGUCCAUCAACAAACAGCAGUUCUACAUCCAGUUCUCUGGAACUGAGUACGAAGUGGCGCAAAAACCAUCCAGGGUACCGGAGGGAGUCGAGGCCUGCAGCACAGGACAAGUCCUACGUGAGGGAAAGUGUGUGAGUUGUGGUGUGGGGACGUAUUACAGCGGGGAGCAGGAACAGUGUGUCCAGUGUCCUUCUGGUACGUACCAGGACACGGUGGGUCAGCUGUCCUGUGAACCUUGUCCCAGCACUGAAGGACAGGGCAUCGCUGGUGCCAAGAAUGUGUCUCAGUGUGGAGGUCAGUGUCCAGCAGGUCAUUUCUCUAUUGAUGGGUUUCGUCCAUGCCAGCAGUGCACGCUGGGCUCCUACCAGCCAGAACCAGGCCGGGUCCUCUGCUUCCCCUGUGGAGGAGGACUCAUGACCAAGUAUGAAGGAUCUGUCACCUUCAGGGACUGUGAGGCUAAAGUGCACUGUGCUCCUGGUCAUUACUACAACUCUAGCACUCACCGCUGCAUCCGCUGCCCAGCAGGAACCUACCAGUCUGAGUUUGGGCAGAAUUACUGCAUCACCUGUCCUGGGAACACCACCACUGACUUUGACGGUGCCACCAACGUCUCCCACUGCAAAAACCAGCUGUGUGGAGGUGAGCUGGGGGAGUACACAGGCUACAUCGAGUCUCCCAACUACCCUGGAGACUACCCGUCCAAUGUGGACUGUGUCUGGACCAUCAACCCGCCACACAAGAGGCGGAUUCUCAUCGUGGUACCAGAGAUCUUCCUCCCCAUCGAGGAUGAGUGUGGAGACGUGCUGGUCAUGAGGAAGAGUGCUGUUCCCACCUCCAUCACCACCUACGAGACGUGUCAGACCUACGAGCGGCCAAUCGCCUUCACCUCUCGCUCUCGCAAGCUCUGGAUCCAGUUCAAGACCAACGAGGGGAACAGCGGCAAAGGGUUCCAAGUUCCAUAUGUGACCUACGAUGAGGACUACCAGCAGCUGAUAGAGGACAUAGUGAGAGACGGUAGACUGUACGCCUCAGAGAACCACCAGGAAAUCCUGAAGGACAAGAAGCUGAUAAAGGCCCUGUUUGACGUGCUGGCCCACCCCCAGAACUACUUCAGGUACACAGCACAAGAGUCCAAAGAGAUGUUUCCUCGCUCCUUCAUCAAGCUGCUGCGCUCCAAAGUCACCAGGUUCCUACGGCCGUACAAAUAGACGGGAACCUCUCCACUGCCCUGUUAAAGACCCCCCCCCCCCCCCACCCCCGCCUCUGUCAGCACAUUGACGUACCAGUUCUAUGACUUGUCUUCUUUUCCUGUGUUUGUCACAUGAUGCCUUUCCUCAUCUUUGACCCCUUUAACUAGUAACACAUGAUGAACUGAUCCUCCUCUCAUCCAGUAACGCAGCUCUCUCUGUAAGGUUUGACCGAUAUGGGUUUUUUUUUUUAAAGGCCAGUGCCAAUAUUUUUUUAUAAUGUAGCAGAAUAUUCAUGACGUGAUAUAUAUUGUGUGUAUAUAUUGUUUCCUUUAAUUUGAUCCU